GUUUUCUGCCUGGACUUUGGGUUGUUAUAGGAAAUUUUGUAAUUUAACAUGUCUUUACAUUGGAAACUUUUAGUGCGUCGACAACUACACACAAAUUUCACUAAAAUGUCUAAUUUAAAUAUGUUUAAACUUUGGCAUGAACAAUAUUAUAAUUCUAGUGCUGACACAGAGGUAAAAGAUUCCCAGGAUGUGCAAAAUAUUUUGGAAGACAAAGUGAUAUUUCCCGAUUUCAAAUCUGGACCUUUGAAAGUGUAUCGUGAAAAGGCUUCUUUCUGUUACAAACGUAUGAAUGUUUUGCUAGAGGGUGAAGAACACAUAAGACUAAAGCACCGUAUUUGGAACUUUAUGGAAAAACAUGCCGACUUCCAACGUGAACCUGAAACUCCCUCGUUGGAGCGUCAGCGUCAAUUGGCCAACAAACGUAUGCAUUUACUGUACAGCCAACAGUUUUACGGUUUAAAUGAAUACCUCUCCACUCCUCAUCUCUCGUUGGCCGUUGCCCAGGCUAUGUUUAGCUAUGAAUUUAGUUUCUCUGUUAAGUACUCCCUAUCGAAUGGUAUGUUCCCCAGUACCAUCCUGCAAUUGGGUACAGAACGUUUGAGUAAAUAUGCGGGUAAAAUUGCCAGGGGAGAAAUUGUUGGUGCUUUUGCUUUGACAGAAAUAGCUCAUGGUACUAAUGCUCGUGGUAUGCGUACCCGGGCUACAUAUGAUAAUAAGACUCAGGAAUUUAUAAUACAUACACCCGAUUUUGAGGCGGCCAAAUGUUGGGUGGGUAAUUUGGGUAAGACUUGUACGCAUGCUGUGGUAUAUGCUCAGCUUUAUGUGCCGGAUGAUACUUAUGUGGGUUUAAGUGCCUUUUUGGUGCCCAUAAGAGAUGAUCGUACUUUAUUGGCCUAUCCCGGUGUCACAGUGGGUGAUUUGGGUGAGAAAGUGGGCUUGAAUGGUAUUGAUAAUGGAUUUGUCAUGUUUAACAAUUACCGCAUUCCUAAGGAGAACCUUUUGUCCAAGACUGGUGAUAUUGAUGAACAGGGCAACUACAACAGUCCUAUCAAGGACAGCCGCAAACGUUUGGGUGCUUCCUUGGGUGCCUUAUCUGCUGGACGUGUUAAUAUUUGUAAUUUGGGUUAUGUGGCUCUAAGCAAAGCCAUGGUUAUAGCCACCCGUUACUCAGCAGCGCGUCGUCAAUUUGGUCCCGAUGAAAGUGUAGAAGAAUGGCCUGUUAUUGAAUAUCAAUCCCAGCAGUAUCGUCUCUUCCCCCAUUUAGCCACCACCUAUGCUUUGCGCAUCUUCAGCAUGUGGUUGGGCCUGAAGAAUGUUGAUAUGACCAUACGCUCUAUGAUGGGUGAAGAUAUGUCGAGUAUAGGCAUGGAAUUGCAUGCCUUAUCCUCAGCCGCUAAACCGGUAUGCACUUGGGCGGCCCGUGAUGGUAUUCAGGAGUGUCGUGAAGCCUGUGGUGGUCAUGGUUAUUUGAAGGCAACCGGCAUUGGUGAUUUGCGCAAUGACAACGAUGCCAAUUGUACUUAUGAGGGUGAAAAUAAUACCUUAAUACAACAGGCUUCCAAUUGGUUGGUUAGUCUGAGACGUGGUGGUGCUAAGUAUGAGGAAGUUUCCCCUAUGGAAUCGGUAACAUUCCUAAAAGAUAUGGAUCAGAUUUUGAAGUACAAGGGUGAAGAGAAGACACCUCUGGAAGCGGUUUGUCAUCAUAGUAAGUGGUUAAAAGCUCUCAACUGGCUGAUGGCCUAUCAAUUGGAUGUCACCGUUAAGCGUGUAGAGGCCCUUAAACGUCAAGGUCUCGAUGCCUUCGAAACACGCAACAAUAUGCAAGUCUUCAAUGCCCAACCAUUGGCUAUUAUCUAUGGCCAACGCUCUAUCUAUUAUGUUUUCUAUAAGUUUGUUAUGAACUUACCUCAGUCCAAUGAAAAGCAUGUUUUACUUAAACUUUUAAGCAUGUUUGGUGCUCAUCUAGUGACCAAACAUGUGGGCAUAUUCUAUCAGGGAGGAUAUUUCCGCAACAAUGAACAGAUAGAGUUAUAUCAACAGGCCAUUUUGCAGUUAUUGCCAGCGUUGAAAAAUGAGGCCAUUUCUUUGGUGGAUGCCAUAGCACCAACAGAUUUCAUUUUAAAUUCACCCCUGGGCAUGAGUGAUGGCAAUAUCUACUUACACUUGCAAACGUGCUUUUAAUCGGCUCCUGGAGUUUUCGAACGUCCCGAAUGGUGGCGUGAGGUUACCUACAAGGAAUACAUACCCAAGGCUAAAAUGUAAACAUGUGCUGAAGUUGAAAAUUUUGUUUAAAAGCUAUUGAACUUGACAUUUUCUUGAAGAAAAUUUUGUUUUUUUUUGUUAAAAUUAAAAUUAUGUAUAUUAAUUUUAAGUGGUGAUUGUUGGUAUUAAGCUUUAAGUUUUAAAUUAGGUCGUAUUUUUUUAUAAGUAUAUUGUACAAAUAUAAAACAAAACUUAGAAUAAAACACUUUUUUACA